CCGGCCGACACUGGUUUCGCCCAGCUUGCACCUGCAUUGCGCCAUACAACCGCGCAGUCGUGCUCGAUACGACACGUCCGCUGCAGCCACGCCGGCGCACAGGCGCGACGAGUCACCAUGGUGCAGCACGGCAUAUCCGGAUGGAGGGCCAUGACAGUGGGCCUGCUUUCCGUCCUCGCCGGCUCGGCCUUGGCUGGCCCAGACCUUACAACGAGACAUGAAAAGGGAAGAUGUGCGAUGAGAGGGCAGUGCGGGAAGCAGGGCUUCUUUGGCUCUGAACUGCCGUGUCCAGACAACGGCCCCGCGAAAACGCCUGAUGACGCCGUGCGCAAGAAGCUGGUGGAUAUUUGCGGUGCACAGUGGUCGGAUACAGACAUUUGCUGCGAGGAAAACCAGCUCGACGCCCUCAAGACAAACCUCGACCGCGCCACCCCCAUCAUCAAUGCCUGCCCUGCCUGCAAGGAAAACUUCUUCAACCUGUUCUGCACAUUCACCUGUUCGCCCGACCAGUCGACCUUCAUCAACAUUACGGGGACAGAGCCCAAGGGCGACAAAUACCUGGUUACGGAAUUGGACAACCUCGUGGCGGAAAAGUAUGCAUCGACCUUUUACGACAGCUGCAAGGACGUCAAGUUCGGCGCCACAAACGGCAAGGCCAUGGACUUUAUCGGCGGCGGCGCGACCAACUACACACAGUUUCUCAAGUUCCUGGGCGACAAGAAGUUUUUGGGCUCACCCUUCCAGAUCAACUUCCCCCCGCCAUCCGAGGACCGCUUCCCGGGCAUGACUGCAAUGAGCAAGCACGCCUAUCCUUGUGAUACCGAUGAUGAGAAGUACCGCUGCGCCUGUCUUGAUUGUGGAACGUCUUGCACUGAGCUUCCGGCAGUCCAGGAAGGAAAGCAAUGCUACGUUGGCCUGCUUCCUUGCCUCUCCUUCUCCGUCAUUGUCAUCUACUCGUGCUUCCUUGGACUUUUAUGUACCGCCGUUGCUGGUCACGUCGCAUACCAGAAGCAUUCCAAACACAAGAGCGAGCGAAUGCGCCUUCUGCAAGAUACCAGUCCGAGUGACGAUGAAGACGAAGGCGACAUAGUACACAACAUUGGUAUGCUGGAUCGCCCCACGAAGCACUACUUUGUCAAUACGUGGUGCGACCGCCUGUUCAGCCGCCUUGGAUAUGUCUGUGCUCGUUUCCCGGCCAUCACCAUUGUCACUAGCGUCAUGGCAGUUAUUCUCAUGAGCCUAGGCUGGUUGCGGUUCCAGAUCGAGACAGACCCUGUGAACCUGUGGGUCGCACCAGACUCUGCCGCUGCUCAAGAAAAGGCAUUCUUCGACGAGAAAUUUGGGCCCUUCUUCCGUGCUGAGCAAGCUUUCCUUGUGAACGAUACGCACAAAGGCGCUGGUCCCGUUCUCAGCUACGAAACUCUCGACUGGUGGUUCGGUGUCGAGAACCAGAUUCAGCGCCUCAAGUCUGCCGAACAUGGUGUCACAUUGGACGAUAUUUGCUUCAAGCCAGUAGGGGAUGAUUGUGUUAUCCAGUCGGUUACUGGCUACUUCCAGGGUGACUUUGCCAAUGUUGUGCCGGAUAGCUGGCAAGAUGACCUACUGCAAUGUGUCGACAACCCAACUCAAUGUCUGCCCACCUUCCAACAACCGCUCGACCCGCAUCUCCUCUUUGGCGGUGUCAACCAAAGUGUUCUUGACGCCAAAGCGCUUGUAGUCACAUGGGUGGUAAAGAACCAUCCCAAAGGAACCCCCGAAGAACAGCGCGCCAUGGACUUUGAGAACGAGAUGAAGAACUACCUGAAAUUCGUGGCCGACGAGGCUCAUAAGAGAGGUCUGAGGCUGAGCUUCAACACCGAAGUCAGUCUCGAGCAGGAACUCAACAAGAGCACCAACACCGACGCUAAGAUUGUGGUUGUGAGCUACAUCAUCAUGUUUUUGUACGCGUCGUUGGCGCUCGGCUCAACCACGUUGACGGUUCAUUCUGUACUCCGCAACCCCGCGAAUGCCUUGGUACAGUCCAAGUUCAUGCUGGGCAUAGUGGGCAUCUUGAUUGUGCUCAUGUCUGUUUCCGCCUCGGUAGGACUCUUCUCGGCAGCUGGCAUCAAGGUCACUUUGAUCAUAGCAGAGGUCAUUCCUUUCCUAGUCCUGGCUGUUGGUGUCGACAACAUCUUCCUCAUCGUGCACGAAUUCGAGCGCAUCAACAUCAGUCACCCUGAAGGAACCAUUCCAGAACGUGUUUCCCGGGCUCUCGGACGCAUGGGCCCAUCCAUCUUGCUCUCUGCACUUACCGAGACGACUGCGUUUGCUCUCGGAUGUGCCGUCGGUAUGCCCGCUGUUCGCAACUUUGCUGCCUACGCCGCAGGAGCCGUCUUGAUCAACGCCAUUCUUCAAGUCACAAUGUUCAUUGCGGUGCUCUCGCUCAAUCAGGAGCGCGUCGAAACAAACCGUGCGGAUUGCAUCCCUUGUAUUCGCGUUAAGCGCGCCGACCCUGUCGGCAUGGGCUAUGCUGCCGGAGAGGAAGGUGCACUGCAACGAUUCAUCCGCAAGACGUAUGCCCCGGCGAUUCUGGGUAAGAAGACAAAAGUAGGCAUUAUUGCGCUAUUCUUUGGCAUCUUCACAGCUGGCCUUGCCCUGUUUCCCCAGGUGGAGCUCGGUCUGGAUCAACGUAUUGCUAUUCCCAGCGAUUCCUACCUGAUCCCUUACUUCAACGAUCUCUACGACUAUCUUGAUGUUGGGCCGCCAGUCUAUUUCGUCACAAAGGAGCUAAACGUCACUCAACGAAAGCCGCAAAAGGAGCUCUGUGGGCGUUUCUCUACUUGCGAUCGAAGCAGUCUGGCAAACAUCAUCGAAGCAGAGCGCAAGCGCCCCGAGGUUUCGCAUCUCUCAGCCUCUGCCGCCAACUGGCUCGAUGAUUUCUUCCUGUGGCUGAAUCCCGAGAAUGAAAAGUGCUGCGUCGAGAAGGGCAAGCCCUGCUUCCAGGGUCGUCAACCACCGUGGAACAUGACUUUGUACGGCAUGCCCGAAGGCGAGGAGUUUAUCAAAUACCUGCAAAAAUGGGUCGAGGCUCCGACCACGGAGGACUGUCCUCUUGGCGGAAAGGCUGCAUACUCGGAUGCACUCGUCAUCGACUCUGAGCAUCUCACGAUUCCUGCGUCCCAUUUCCGUACUUCGCACACGCCGCUGCGCUCACAGAAGGACUUUAUUGCCGCGUAUACCGCGGCACGACGCAUAUCCAAAGAGAUAUCGGAGGAUGUCGAGGCCGAAGUGUUCCCGUAUUCGAAGUUUUACAUCUUCUUCGACCAGUAUACUUCCAUCGUUCGCUUGGCCGGCGCGCUCAUCGGGUCGGCGCUUGCGGCAGUAUUUGUUAUUACCACAAUCAUGCUUGGCUCCAUCGCCACCGGCUUGGUAGUCACUCUAGUGGUCGGUAUGACGGUGUCGGCGAUUAUUGGGUCCAUGGCUGUUCUUGGAGUCUCUCUUAACGCCGUGUCACUCGUCAACCUCAUCAUAUGCGUGGGCAUCAGCGUCGAAUUCACUGCACACAUCGCCCGGGCGUUCACUUUCCCCAGUCGUGCGACCAUGGAACGCGCACCCAGGCACCGUUUCCGAGGCCGCGAUGUUCGUGCUUGGACAGCGAUGGUCAAUGUAGCAAGCAGUGUGGUCAGCGGAAUCACGAUUACAAAGAUCUUGGGUGUGGGAGUGCUGGCUUUUACCAGGAGUAAGAUCUUUGAAAUCUACUACUUCCGUGUGUGGGUUGCCCUCGUUCUCUGGGCGUCUACUCAUGCUCUUGUCCUCCUCCCUGUCCUCCUCUCGCUUGUCGGGGGCAGGGGCUAUGUCGACCCCGAAUCCGAAGGCGGCCUAGAGCAAGAUCUCCGGCGUCGCCAGUACCCAGCGCUACUAGCCGAUGACGAGGAGUAUGACAGCGACGACUAGCGGUCUGUUACAAAGCAUGCCUGGAUGGUUUUUGGGGAAAGAUUCUGGGCAUGGCUGGGAGGGUUUGAAGGUAGUGACGACAGCGUGGACAGUGAGCCUUCGCUGGCUGCGUCUGACUGCACCACUCCAGAUUCAGCACCAACCACUGCGUCUGAAGGUGAUGAUGCAUCUACAGUUGAAACUAGAGCAGCACAAAUGCCCUUUUCUCGUAAUAUUCUAAGUGUUCGCACGAGUACUCUACCAACCAUCCCAGAAGUGGGGUCUUUGGAUGCACUGGGAGACCAGGCGCCUGUUUUGAGUGCAA